UCAUUACCAUAUAAAAAGCCACAGAAAAUUCCGAUUCCCAGUGUUUCUAUUAGCUCCACCACAACCCACAUCAAAUCAUCAUUCUCUCUCACUUUUUAUCUUCAUCAUCAAAAAAUCGCAGACUCUUUUUUUCAUUUCCUAUCUCUCUUCCUCUGCAAAAUUCACAACAAUCAUCUUCCAAAUCAGAGAAAAAAAAAAAAAAAAACAGGCUGGUUCACAGGUUGAUGAACAAGAAUAAGAGCUUGUCUUAGCGCUUUUGAUCCUUUCUCGGUUUAAAGUUUGAAACUUUCAACCAACCAAUCGGAUAAGUUGAAGAACAACAACAAGAAGAAGAAGAAGAAAAAAAAAGUAACCAUAGCUAUUUCCCUAUUCGACACGACACGGUAACGCUGUAGAAUCGACUUGUUCAACAACUCUAUUUGCCUUUUCCUUCUUCCUCGACUUUCUUUUACCAAGAAAGUGACGGAUAUGGCGGAAAAUCCAUAGUUGGAAAUGAGUAAUUCUUGUGAGGAUUGUGGCUUAGAAGAGAAAAUGGGUAGCCAGAAAAUCUCGGUUUCAGAUCAUAUAAACGGUUUUCAAUACACCGCAGAUAAAUCAGAUAACUUUGUUAUUGACAUGGAUAGCUUCUCUCAUCCCACCAAUAAAGAUAAUACAGCAAAUUCAAGAAUCACAUUGCAGAGAAGUCAUUCAAGAAAAGGGUCACAGCGUGUUGUUGAUAAAAAGAUUGGUUCAAUUGCUACUUCAAACGAUAGAGAUAAUGGUGUUGCCACAUCCUCACCCAGAGUUUCUAUGGUAGGGCCUAGCACGCCUGAAAAGUCCAGUAUGGUGGCAGUAGGGACCAUGGAUAAUUGCAGCAGCCCACAAGUUCAUCAUCAGAUCACUAUCAACACCAGCAACAUCAGCACUCCCACCGAAAGCAGAGGCAUUUCGAGGAGAAAUAGUUUCAGGCGCUCUCCAUGGCUGCUUGAUCCUAAAAGGGUUCUUUUCCUCUUUGCCACCCUGUCAAGCAUGGGAACAAUUUUGUUAAUAUACUUCACCCUUUCAAUUGGAAAGCACAAUGCAAAUGAAGAUGGUCCAGAUUGGUAGCAGGGAAAAUAGGCUCAGCCUUAAAAGACAAAUGAUAGUGGCACCCGAACUAGGAUAGAAACAUAAGCAUUCAGGGCUCAAGCAGUUUGUGGUGGGGGGUCCAUUUUGGAGAUAUGGGGCUUCUUUGAUGGGUAUACUAAAACAAAAUGCUGAAUUGAAAGAAGGAUACAGAAGAAAAAAUAGAGGAUACACAAAAGUUAACCAACUUUCAAUUAACAUGGCCUCCAAGUUGAUAAUUCUGGAGCUUUUCUCCGGGCCAUAAAAAAUUUACAGAUGGAGACAAUGACAUACUGCAUUCUGACAAAGACAAAGAAUCUUCUUUUCAAUACGGAAAUGGCAGAGAUCAAAAAAUACUUGUUUUUGCUUUGUCAUUACUAUUUCUCUGCACGGCUUAGUGGAGAAUCAGAAAGUUUACUUUUUGUUCACUUUCUUGCCCAUACCUUCCAUUCUGUUUGCCCUUUCGGCUCUCCUUAGUUUUGAAUAGACCCUUUGUGUUGUACGUGGCUUCCAUGUGAGUAGGCAAAGGUACAAAAAGUGAAAUAACAGUUACAUAUAUAUAUAUAUAAAAGAGAUGAAAUCGUUUCUGUAUGUGCCAGCACGCAUGCGCACUUAAACUCUCUUUUUUUUCUUGUUUUUUUUCGAAAGUGCGCUAGUGAAGCCAGGCCUUUGUCUAGCAUUGAAUAGACUAAAAUUUAGGUAGAUGUGGUGUGGACUGAGGAGGCUCAAUAAUUUUCCCAAUUUAUUGUAUGGUUUGUGACUAAUUUUUAA